UGUGCAGUUGUGUUAUAGUUUAGUGGAGUACAAUGAAGGUUAUAGUGGUAGGCUGCGCUAAAACUGGAACCAAAAGUUUGGCUGCCGCUUUAACCAAACUCGACUACCAAGUCUACGAUUUUUUGGAGCAUGCCUGUUACCAUGGCGACGAGUGGGAAAAGUUUUUCACUGGAAAAGGAAAAGCGGAAGAUUUCCGGAGGAUGUAUCAAGAUGUGGAUGUUGUUAUUGAUAAUCCGAUCCCGAUCUUCUGGGAGGAAAUAUUCUCAGUUUUCCCAGACGCGAAAGUAAUUCUGGCGGUUCGUGACAGCGAAGACGAGUGGUUUAAAAGCUGGGAAAAACAAAUGUCAAGAUCGAACAGUAACCUUACAAUAAAACUGAUACACCUGCUGUCACCUAACGGAAUUAAAUUUGGACGAUUUCGCCGGCAUAUCGAUCAUCAUUUUUUUGGUGGGAAACUCUCUUUUCCAUUCUCAAACGUCACAUGCAAUGAACACCUCACACGAACUCGUUACCGAAUGCACAACGUGUAUGUGCAGCAGAAAGUCCCGAAGGACCAGCUUCUAGUUUACAACAUUAAACAAGGUUGGGAACCUCUGUGUAAAUUCCUGGGCGUGGAAUCACCAGAUGAACAAAUUGCUCAUAAAAAUAAGGACGGUUCUUCAAUGGAGGAUUUUUUAAGGGAGCACCCGUUUAUGAUUCGGAUGAAAAAAGAAAUGAUUUUGUCAGCUAGCGUUCUAUCUGUUGUACUUUCGUUCGUGGGGUGCAAGAUAGUAAGCGCUUUGCGAAAAUAGACAAAAUAAUUAGGUAUUUUUUGAUUGCGAUUGAACCUAACUUAUCUUUAAAAACUGGAUCAACUCUAAGAGUUAUAAUUUGCGGCGAACUGUAUUCAAUGUCUUUUUGAACCUAUAUUGUUUCAGUUAGGCGUUUUUUUUUCGUAGGCCAACACUGCGUUUUCUGUACAAAUUAAUGCUACCGCGAAGUUGUGUUUUUUGCGGGCAAUUAUACAUUAUUAAGUAACCCAUUUGAAGCGAUUUAAAUUAAAAAGUGACCGAUGUCAGGCGAAUUCGGUUAAAUCAAA